AUGUCUAAAGAUUUAUCGUGGUCAGCGAUUCAACUUUCAGCCGCUCGGUUCAGCGUAGAUGGAGAGAGGAGCAACACCAAAGCUCCAGGAUCACGGUCAUCUCCCCUUGCCAUUGCUGCUUCUACUCAUCCCCUUACGACUUGUAUAGCAUGCUUCGAUGAGCGUUCACUCGCAUUUCAUGCUGUUGGUUAUGGCAGAGGUUCUCGUAAACCUGCAGUAGUCAUAACAUCAUCAGGCACCGCAGUUUCAAAUCUUCUACCUGCGGUUGUGGAGGCUAGUCAAGAUUUUGUACCUCUUCUAUUACUCACUGCAGAUCGCCCUCCAGAGCUGCAAGAUUCUGGAGCAAACCAAGCCAUUAAUCAGGUAAACCAUUUUGGUAUAUUUGUGAGGCAUUUCUGCAGUCUUCCUGCAGCCACGGAUACUAUUCCUGCUAGGAUGGUACUUACAACACUUGAUUCUGCUGUUUAUAUGGCAACCGCUUCACCAUGUGGUCCUGUUCAUAUCAACUGCCCUUUUAGGGAACCGCUUGAAAAUAGUUCCAGAAAGUGGAUGUUGAGCUGUUUACAAGGGUUAGAUUUUUGGAUGUCAAGUGCUGAACCAUUUACAAGCUAUAUCCAACUGCAACAUUCUUUUGCACGCAAUGAUGCUCAAGGCCAUAUGGCACAAGUUUUAACAAUGAUACACGGUGCAAAUCGAGGGCUGCUAUUGAUUGGGGCAUUACAUACAGAGGAUGACAUAUGGGCAGCUCUUCUCUUGGCUAAACAACUUUUGUGGCCAGUUAUAGCUGACGUCUUGUCAGGUUUAAGGUUGAGAAAGUAUCUUACUUCUUUCUCUGGAUUUGAAGAGAAUAUUUUAUUCGUUGAUCAUCUUGAUCAUUUACUUCUCUCAAAUUCAGUCAAGGACUGGGUGCAACCUGAUGUUAUCGUCCAGAUUGGAAGUCGGAUAACAAGCAAGCGUAUUUCUCAGAUGCUAGAAGAUUGCUUUCCAUGCUCAUAUAUAAUGGUUGACAAGCAUCCAAGUCGUCACGAUCCUUCACACAUCAUUACACACAGGAUUCAGAGUACUAUUGCUCAAUUUACUGAUUGUUUGCUUAAAGCUUCUGCACCACCUACCAGCAGCAAAUGGAGUGGUUUUCUAAGGUCAUUGAAUAUGAUGGUAUUCGUUCUCUAG